CAUCCACGUCAUAGCAGCCUCAUUCAACAGGUCUAAUCAUGGCGUUCAAAGGAGUGUCUGUGCUGCUGGGAAUACUACUGCUGGUAAACUGCUCACUUGAGCAGAAUCCACUGAAGAAGAGGGUAGUGAAAAAAGAAACAACAAAGGAUGCUGCUGUUGAGCAGCUACAGAAACAGAUCGACAACAUUGUCCAGGAGCUCAACCUACUGAAGGAACAACAAGCCCUGCAGACAGUCUGUUUGAAAGGCAUCAAGAUCCACAGCAAGUGUUACUUGGCUGACCCUGUGAAAAAACACUAUCACGCUGCCAGCGAAGACUGUAACAACCUGGGUGGUGUCCUCAGUACGCCCACAUCCAGCAAUGAGAACGACCAGCUCAAAGACUACAUCCACCACAGCAUCGGCCCAGAUGAGCAGGUCUGGCUGGGCAUUAACGACAUGAUAACCGAGGGCUCCUGGGCUGACCAGACCGGAACCAGCAUUACAUACAAGAACUGGGACACGUCCAACAGCAGGUCCCCUCAGCCAGAUGGAGGUCACUCCCAGAACUGCGCCAUUCUCUCUGGGACCUCCCGUGGGAAGUGGUUUGACGAGAACUGUCGCGAGGAGAAGGCCUCCAUCUGCCAGUUCAACAUUGUUUGAUUCCAUUCAUCUCUUCAUAGACUGCGCAUGGUUAUAGCUGCUUAUAGCUGCUUUCACUGUGUACUCUUGCUGCAAUGCCACUUUGUCUGCUAUUCUAAUAGGAGGUUUAAGCCGGUGGUUCUCAGCUGGUUUUGCAUCUGGACUAAAUUCUACUCCAGAAGUUUCAGUCAGUUGCAUGAGACUUUGAUAUAUAAAGCUGUUAUUUUGGACUAAAGUGAAUUGCUGAUAUGUCAUUUGCAGCAUUCCAUGUGGUCACAAUAAAACCAGGAAGAACAUAGUUUAGUCUAGAAUAAACAAAGGACAUGAUCUCCUCCACGUGAAUCAGCAAUGUCUGCCUUUGUUUAAAGAUUUUUGUACAAGAUAAUAAUAAGGUCAAAAAAUAUAUAUUGGAUGUUCACAUGCAAAAAUAUCAGCAUACUUGCAUACUACUACAAAAGUGUGUGUGUUUGCACCUUUCACAAAUGUAAAAACUGGGUGUAACUUUCUAGUUUUUCCACAGAUCCACACCUCUAUUACACCAGCUCCAUGACUCACUGGUUAAGAACCACCGGUUUAAACUCUGACAUCUCUUCAUAACUACUGUAUUUUAACGACAAGACUCGCAUGGAGCCACAAUAAUACAUGAUACUGCUUUAAAAUUAAAAAUAACUCAGAUUUGCUAGUCUUGUAGCCUCCUAUAAUGUCUAGCCUGAUGUAACUUUAAAUGACCAUCAAUAAAUAAACAAUGAAAACUCA